GGGCCGCUGGGCAGCGGCGGCAUGAAGGUCACUUCGCUCGACGGGCGCCAGCUGCGCAAGAUGCUCCGCAAGGAGGCGGCGGCGCGCUGCGUGGUGCUCGACUGCCGGCCCUACCUGGCCUUCGCCGCGUCGAGCGUGCGCGGCUCGCUCAACGUCAACCUCAACUCGGUGGUGCUGCGGAGGGCGCGGGGCGGCGCGGUGCCGGCGCGCUACGUGCUGCCCGACGAGGCGGCGCGCGCGCGGCUGCUGCAGGAGGGAGGCGGCGGCGUGGCGGCCGUGGUGGUGCUCGACCAGGGCAGCCGCCACUGGCACAAGCUGCGCGAGGAGAGCGCGGCCCGCGUCGUGCUCACCUCGCUGCUCGCCUGCUUGCCGGCCGGCCCUCGCGUCUACUUCCUCAAAGGCGGAUAUGAGACCUUCUACUCGGAAUAUCCUGAGUGUUGUGUAGAUGUACAACCCAUUGCGCAAGAGAAGAUGGAAAGCGAGAGAGCCUUGCUUGGCCAGUGUGGAAAACCAGCGCUUGGCAUCAGCUACCGGCCGGCUUACGACCAGGGCAGCCCCGUUGAAAUCCUUCCCUUCCUCUAUCUGGGAAGUGCCUACCAUGCCUCAAAGUGUGAAUUCCUUGCCAACCUGCACAUCACGGCCCUGCUCAACGUCUCCCGGCGGGCCUCUGAGGCUGGCGCCACGCACCUGCACUACAAGUGGAUCCCCGUGGAAGACAGCCACACAGCCGACAUCAGCUCGCAUUUUCAGGAAGCAAUAGACUUCAUUGACUGUGUCAGGGAAAAGGGUGGCAAGGUCCUGGUCCACUGUGAGGCUGGGGUCUCCCGCUCUCCAACCAUCUGCAUGGCUUACCUCAUGAAGACCAAGCAGUUCCGCCUGAAGGAGGCCUUCGAUUUCGUCAAGCAGAGGAGGAACGUGAUCUCGCCCAACUUUGGCUUCAUGGGUCAGCUCCUGCAGUAUGAAUCAGAGAUCCUGCCUUCCACACCCACGCCGCAGCCCCCCGCCCACCAAGGGGAGGCGGUGGGCCCUGCCUUCCUGGACCACUUGCAGACACUGAGCCCUGACAUGCAGGGCGCCUUCUGCACAUUCCCUACCUCAGUGCUGGCACCGCUACCCACCCACUCGGCUGUCCCUGAGCUCCACAGGAGCCCCGUGGCCACCGCCACAUCCUGCUGAAGUGGGCGUGGGGAAGCCGGCCCAGCUCCCAGAGCAACUGUGAUUUUGGAUUUUGGGACUCGUGGACAUUUCAUACCUGUGCAAUAUUGAAGACCUCACUCAUCACGCUGCACCCAGUGAGAUGGUAGAUGGUCGCCAGGCUUGCAAAGGAACUUCAGGCUGACCUCGGGGAGAGGUUCUGGGGACAGAAGGAAGGCCAAGCCAUCAUGAAGAGCACAAUGUGUGCCGACCACUGUACUUCCAAACCCCUGUCCGCCUGCUCAGGAUCACCCAGCCCUCGCACCUCCAAGUCUGCCUUUUCAUUUCAAGCGUAAGGCAAUAAAUCCUUGCAGCAACGUGGGAGCAGGAGGAAAAGGCAGUUAUGCAGCCAGUUCAUCUUGAAGGAAGCACAAUCUCCACCUUAGGUUUUUUGAACCUUGGCAGUCUCCGUAUCUGUCUGUGUUGCUUCGGAGCAUAAGCUGAUGACCACCUCGUCGGGAAGGUCACCCUGCUGGACGACGUGAUGGAUAUGCUGGGUGGAACCCCGGAAGGCUUCCACCAAGGGUCUGGUGGCUGAAGAAGCAAGACGUGGGCCUUUCUAGGGGUUUCCAUGAACUUUGGACUUGGUGGCAUGACUCUUACUCAUACUUGAACCUGUCUCGUCACAACUCUUAUGUUCUUUGGGAAGGGUUUCCAGACCACAGACCAGUCUUGCCUCUCUGAGGCAGUUGGCGGCAGGUGCUGGAGAGAAGGUACCUGCUGAGGAUCACAGGUGGGUGGCGCUGAAAGCCAUCUUUUCCUCGACUUGCUGUCCUCUGGAUGCUGCUGUUUCGUCCCGUGAGACCCUCGUUUUCUUCCCUGCCUCUGGCGGGGAGUGUUCCUCAAGCUACUGACUUUGGGAUUCACAGCUUUUUGCGACGUGGUACUAUUUCUUUUUUGGUCUUUAGGUUUCUCCCCGGGGCUGGGGGGGAAAGGCAAUAAUUUCCUAAAACCCAUGCAAAUGUGAAGAAAAGCUGUAUGUUACUGGUUGUCCUCAUUGUUGUCUUUUUUUUAUAGUGUGAAAUAAAAACAGUAAAAGGAAGAA